AUGGCCGACGAACCCCGACGCUCCGGCCGAGCCACCAAAGGCCAACACAAGAACCUCGAGCUACCAGAUGAUCCAGCGAAAAAAGGCAAAAGCAAAAGCCCGAAAGAAAAGAGCGCGAAAUUGUCCGCCGAACCCACACCCGGUCCUAGUGAAGGCGAGGGAGGUGAAGAAGAGAUAAUCCGAUGUAUCUGCGGUGAAUAUGAAGAAGAAGAGGAUGUGGAGCGCGAUAUGAUCUGCUGUGAUCAAUGUUCAGCAUGGCAACACAACGACUGCAUGGGCCUCACAUUCAUGAAAGGUCAAGAACCAGAUCAAUACUUUUGCGAACAAUGUCGACCAGAGAAUCACACAAAGCUCUUGGCAAAGAUCAAUGCAGGAGAGAAGCCAUGGGAAGAGCUUGCCGAGCAACGUCGCCAAGAGACCGAGGAGAAGAAAUCCAAGCGGAAAAAGGGCAAGAAGGGAGGACGCAAAGGAAGACCAAGUGAGAGCCGGACAGCUGCUAGCACACCAGCUCGCACUGCGCCAUCCAUUACACCAGGUCCUGGCGGUUCUCCUACACCCGCCGUGUCCGUCUCGGUCGAACCGGAGAAAAAUCGCCAUGCUAUUGAUUCUCGGCGAUCCAGCACCAAUAAGCGCAAACUUGAAGAGACAGUGGAGGCGGAAAAUGUAAACACUUCCAUUCCACCCAAUCAUGACAUUCAAAAUGCUAACUCAUUUCUCUAUCAGGGACCACAGGUGAAGCAACAACGGGUAUCCCCACAGUCUACUCCAGCAGCUGCCCCAGAGGCAAUUGGUCCCCAAAUCAAGACAGACCCUACUCCCGAGGCACCUGCCAUUGGAGCCUUGGAGGAGCUGAUUCCUGCUCGCAAGAGUGUGGCCACACACCUCAUCAAGUUGUUUGUAGACCAGAUUACUGCAGCCCAGAAAGCAGGGUCCUUCACCUUGCGUGCGAACCAGUCAGCGGAAGACGUGGCACAGCAACUCGCUCUAUCCAUUGAGGAUGCUAUGUAUGAGAGUAUUUGUGGACGGUCGGGGGAGCCUAAUGAAUCUUAUAAGGCGCAAUUACGGUCGAUCAUGUUCAAUGUAAAGAAGAAUACUUCUCUGCGAGAUCGUCUGCUCAUAGGUAGUCUCUCCCCUAAGUUGCUGGCUCAGAUGACGACGGGGGAGAUGGCCAGCAAAGAACUGCAACAGAAAGAUGCGGAGAUCAAGCGAGAAGCAGACAGACACCACACCAUUGUCGAGGAGCAAGGUCCUCGGAUUCGACGCACCCAUAAAGGAGAAGAGUUGAUCGAGGAUGAACACCAUGGCGCGAACGAGUCUGUUUUCUCCCGUGGACCCCGUCGCGCUGUGGGCGAUGACGGCAGUCCAGCCCACAAAAGCCCGACCAGCCCGACGGGACAUCAACAAUCGAAGACAGGGACAGAUGGAUUUGCUCGGGGUCUAUCGCCUGAGGGUGCUCACCAUGACCACGUCUUCCCCGAAGUGGCUCCCGCCAUCUAUGAGCCACUGCCUAGUGGUAGGGUCCAAGCGGACGCUGAGAUCGAUCAGCUUUUGCGCGAUGAUGAGCCCUAUUCACCUCCUUAUUCACCCAAAGACUUCGAUGAUGACGGCACCAUCUGGCGCGGCAAGGUAACCAUGCCUCCAAUUGGAGAGUUCUCCUCGUCCGCGAAGCAUGUGGGAGGCGCGGACUUGAGUGGCCGAAUCCCAUGGAGCCAACUGGCGCCCUCCACGCUAGUUGUUGAUGGCCGUAUCGACAUCAGACGGGCAACUGAUUAUCUGUGCGGCCUUCAGUUCAGCAAGUCCACCGAUGUGUCUGUGAUAGCAAUAAGCAGUCCUGAUCAGCCUGAGGAUCGAGCGGGCUUCGACAAAAUGUUUGACUACUUCUAUAGUCGUGGGCGCUAUGGCGUCAUUGGAAAGCACCCGCUCUCCGCCGUCAAAGACACCUACAUUGUCCCCAUGGAGAUUGGCACUACGACGAUGCCCGAGUUUAUUGAACUGCUGGAAAACAUCUCACUGGAGGGACCCAUUACUCAACGCAUGCUUCUUACCAUUUUCGUCGUCAAGACUGGCGAAUCCAACCCUUCAUCUGUCCAGCCGCCAUCCCACCAGGCUAGCCAGGAGCCACCUGUCUCUGCGAGCCCAACAGUUGCAGCGACUCCCCAACAGCCUCAGUUCAGCGCUGGAGUUGCGCCCACUCCUCCCUCCCACUUCGGAGGAUUCAACCCGAAUCCCGCACCAUACGGCCAACCGGCCCCUGCACAGCAUGGCCAGGUCACCCCUCAACAGCCUGCUCUGACUGGCCUCCCCGCCGCGGUGCAAGUUCUCGGCCCACAAGUUGAUGCUCCCGCCAUCCAACAACUUCUGAAGACUGCGCCUAACGUGGACGUAGCGCAACUGAGUGUCGUUCGCGACAUUCUGGCCCGCCAACCCGCUGCCGCUGCUCAUUACGACACUUUAAUGCAGGCUCUAUUCGAGACCCAAGCAAACGGCCACGUGCCCCAGCAGGGUGUGUAA